UGGCUUAGAUUCUAAAAUCGAAAAGAAAACCCGGAAACUCAAAAAGCGAAACCCGAAACAAGCUUUCACGGCUUGUUGUAAUCUCGUUUAGCCUUUUACUGUGAUGGCUUUUUAUUCCCGGUGUUGACCACUGACACUGUGUUUUCAUUAACAAAUAUAUUGCCAAGCUUGACGAUUCUAGAUCUAGGGCCUAGUCCUCACGGUUUCAUCAUGUUGAUCCACUUUCCAAACGCGUUAACAGAAGAGGAAGAAACUCUGAAACAAGCCUUUGCGAAACUGAAGAAAAAGAAAAAGAUGGUUCAAGCAAUGAAAGCUGCUGCCCAUAAUCAAGAAAAAGAAGCUGUUCACAAUAAAUCAGCUAGUAAACCAGCGGCCAGUUCGUCCAUUGAUUCGGCUGACAAAGCGACAGAGCAGGCAAAAAAACUGGUGCAGUCUGGGGCCAUUAAGGUUGCAAGCUUGAAGGAAAAAUCAGGUUUCAAGCGUUCAAAAACUUUAGAGAGAAAGAAGGACAGUGAAAAGCCAGCUGCAGGCAUGGGUUUCCAGCCUUUCAUGUCAUUCACCGGAGAGGAAGAGGAAGACAAACCACCGUCUUCCAAGAGGAUCAAGGGACUCAAUGAGACUUUUGUGUCGGCAGGCUAUGGCAAUCGCAGUUACGACCGCCCAGAGCGGGAACACCGGGACCCGCCAAAGAAGGGCAACACAAUCUAUGUUCACGGAGUGGGGAUCACGGAGGACAUGCUGAAGAAGUCAUUUUCAAACUUUGGCAAAAUUGUCAACAUCUCGAUGGAGACGGAGAGAAAUAAAGCCUUUAUAACCUUUGAGAAGAUGGAGGCAGCCGACCAGGCCAUUGCUGAGGUCAACGGUAGUAUGGUGAACAACACCCAGCUGCGAGUGCAGAUGGCCCGCCAUCAACCCUCGUUUGACUCACUGGGAGACGCAUCCUCCACGGCCUCCUGGGCCAGCAUAGCUGCCAGCAACUCCCAGAAAGGAACGACACAUAAGGACAAGCGAGGCAUGGUGCAGUACGACCAUGAUGAUAUGUUUUGAGAAUUUUUUAUCGUCUCACUUCAGCUUAUUUACUUAUACACAGAUAGUCAAAUACACGUGCACAUUGACAAACACAUCCUUACAUAGGGACACCCUCAUGUACGGUAGGCCAUAUUCGUAAACUCAAAAAA